ACGAAUAGGAGAUUCUCCUAUUAUGGGUGCUGGAUCAUACGCCAGCAACCAGGCUGGCGGAGCUGCUGCUACAGGGGAUGGUGAUAUUAUGAUGAGGUUUUUACCCAGUUUCCGUGCAGUUAUUGAGAUGGGCCGAGGACUUUCUCCCACUGAAGCUGCCCAGCUGGCACUUGACCCUAUUAGAAAAUUUCUACCCACAUUUCAGCGGUGCACUGGUGCCUCUUGCCAUGGAUUCAGCUCCUUCAGUUUUAGUGUGGCAUCUGCACAGUUUCAGGAUGUUCAAGUUUUAGAGGUUCCAUGCUCAUCCUAG